AUGGGUAAAAUUUUACCGAUUCCUACACCAAACGAUGUUCAUGAAAUUGUCCAGGAUUCGUUGACAUCAAUAGGUGUUAAAUCAUAUGGAACAUUAACUUUUCCUCGUAAUAAAUCUCAUCAAGCAGAUUUUAUUCGUGUGCCAGAUAAUAUAAAUGUGAAUUAUGUUAAAGAAUUCUUAUAUCGAUAUUGCUCUCACGAAUGUCCAUCACUUGUUAUAUCGAUAACCGGUGAUGCAAAAGACUUUGAAAUGAAACCAAAAAUAAUAAGACAAUUUCGACGUGACCUUCUUAAAGUUGCUCAAACAACCGGUACAUGGAUUAUUACCGGUGGCAUGGAUACAGGUAUUAUGAAACUUGUUGGUGAGAUUGUUCAAAUAAAUCCUGAUCCUUCACGACCCAUUCCUUUAAUUGGUAUUGCUACUUGGGGUUAUGUAUCCGGUCAUGAACAACUCGAUGCUCAGGGUAUACAUGCAUAUUAUUCUAAAUCUCUUAGUAACAAAAAGGGCGAAGCACCACUUGAACCAAAUCAUACAAAUUUUAUUUUUGUCGAUGAUGGAAGUGAAAGGACACAUGGUGGAGAAAUAGUCUUUCGUGGUAAACUUGAAAAAGCUAUUUCAAAUGGAUUUUUUUCAUCAAAAACUCAAACAGAUGCUUUGACUGCAUAUCGAACUCUUGUUGCAGCUCAAUCUCUACGAACUGACUCUUCAGAUAUAGCACCAGUACCUGUUGUUCUUAUUGUUGUUGAAGGUGGUCCGAAUACAAUUCGAACAGUUAAAGAAGCAGUAGUUGAAAAUAAUAUUCCAGCUGUUUUUCUCGAUGGAACAGGUCGUUGUUGUGAUUUAUUUGCUAAAGCACUUCAUCUUUAUAAAGAACAUUAUCAACAUGAUGAACUUGCUAAUGAAACAUUAAUAAAAACUAAUUUAAGUUUUUCAUUUAGCCGUGAUGAAGAAAUAAAAAAUAAACUUCGUGAAGAACUUAAAGAUGCUGUUUAUGCAAUCGAUGGUCCAAGUGAUCCAUCAACUCCAACGAAUAAAAGAAACGACUCUUUUGAAUUAGUUUAUGAAUGUCUUCAUAAACGAAGAAAUUUCUUAAAUAUUAUCAAUCUUUAUUCACGUGAUUCAAUAGAGCUUGAUUUUGAUUUAAUUAUUUUAAAAGUACUAUUAAAUGCUACAUCUGGUAGUGAUACAUCUAAACAAAAUAUGCAACGUAAACUUGAAAAACAAUUAUAUUUAGUUUUAGAAUGGAAUCGUGAGGAUAUAGCUAAAGAUUUUGUGAAAAAUGACGCAGACUGGAACAUUAAUUUACGUAAAUUAUUCCUAUUGGCACUCAGGCAUAAUCGAGCAGCAUUUGUUGAAUUAUUUCUUGACCAUGAUUCUUCAUUAAUGAAUAUAUUUAAUGAUCCGUCUGAACUUCGUGAACUUUAUAUGGAUACUGAUGAAAUGAAAGAAGUAAAUGAAAUUGAAAAAUGUACAUAA